AUGUUUCCCCCCAUCAACACCCCAACCUCCGAGCAAUCCAAAACUGGCGCAGCGUGCUCCCUAUGCCGCCUGAAGAAGCGGGGCUGUGACCGCGUCAAGCCAGGUAGGCCGCAUCCACUACUAAUGACUCCCGCCGCGAGACAAGGACUGACCGAAUGCGAUUUGCAGUGUGCGGUCCGUGUGCGUCCAGAGGACAGGAAGGCGAUUGCUCGUACACGGAGAUGUCCGUCCCCCGCCGGCGGGAUACCAUCAACGGCCAGCAGGAGAGUCAAAGGCCUGCGUGUGCCGUAUGUCGCGCGCGAAAGCGGCGAUGCGAUCGCGCAAUACCUGGCGACAGUUUGUGGCUCAUGCCAGGUUAGGGCAUUGGAGGACCAAUGUUCUUACCGCCCAGAAGAUAUGCCCAUCAUGCCUCGCAAGCGUCGGAGAUCGCAGAGGUCAACGCCGGUUGUGGUGCUUGAUCGCGUCAGCCCCUUGCGGCCAGAGUCAGACCAUGCCAAUGGCACUGGGCCGCAGGAGGAAUCUGAAGAAUCGCCCGAUUCGAGUGACAGCGACUCGAGUGAGGCUGACGUUUCCUCGGACAGCUACCAUACGGCUAUUGUACCACAGGAACCCGCUUUCUUGGGGGGCAAUAUCUCCCAAUUGGUCAUGCUGCAAAAGGCCAUGUAUGGGCAGAUAGAUCAUAUUAAGGGUGAUGAAAAGGGAGAAAACGGGCUGUCUUUGUCACAGAACGUGCUGCCGACAGAUGAGGCUGUGGAGCCUCCGACCCACGAUAAUGGCCAAAGGCCAUCGCCCAGGCUGUCCCAGCGGAUGAUGGACCGACUCAUACACACGUACCUUACACGGGAGUAUGUCAAUUUGCCGAUAUUCGACUAUAGAGAGUUCCAGUCGAUGUACCAAACUGCGAUCAGGCAGGGCCUGUCCACCAUCUCGAAAUCGUUCCAAGGGAUUCUGAACACAAUCUUUAGCCUGUCAGGUCUGAACACGAAGGAUCUCGAUGACACGGCGGUGGAAGAUCUGUUCAACUGCGGCUACCGAUUGACCAGAAAUAUGGAGUACAGUGGGCGAGCCUUGGAACGUGUGCAAGCAUACCUUUUACAAACCCAAUACUUCCACGCGACUCGACAGCCCAAGCUGGCAUGGAUAUCUCUGGGUCACGCCAUCCGAGACAUACAAGUCCUGGAUUUGCAGCGUGAAACAGACGCCCAGGACCAGCGUCGACGGAGAAGCCAACAGCUCACCCGACGACUGUGGCAUAGUGCGAUGAUCAUGGAGCGAAUGCUGGCCCUAGAGAUCGGCCUUCCGCCGCAGACACCCAACCCCCUCAGCAUCCCUUUGCCCACCCAUUCCGACACGGACUAUCUAGAUACAAUCUCGGGCGGCGAGCCCGCAUUAAGUGGCGAGCGUCCAUCGUUAGUCGAAUUUCUCACUGCAUGUGCACGGCUGUAUAGCCAUGUCGAGGCCAUAAUGGCGUGGGAAAACGAACUGCGAAUGCGAGCCGGAACUUGCGCCGUGAAGAAGCUACUGGUUUUAGACUACCAGGCUUUCCUCAAAGUAGACAGUCUCCUGCACGACUGGAAAUCGUCCCUGCCUUCAUUCCUUCAUCACACCGCGACCGGCGAUCUAUGGGAGGACCCGCUUGUUCGUCGCCAACGAAAUAUCCUGCGCGUCCGAUAUCUGUAUCUUCGCCUCCGCCUGCUCCGCCCCCUCAUGAUGCUCGGGCUGGCCCUGUGCACCAAGUGCAACUGUCAAUCCGGCGGUCGCCCUCACGUCACUCCUGAUGAACUCGAUUCCCCCGAUAGCCCAGUGGCAUGGGGUUUGGUGCGCGACGCAACCAUCAGAUGCAUUGCCACGGCGUCGGAGUUGGUCCGCAUUCUCAAAGCAAACGAGGAGGGCAUGCUUGAUGGUGGCCCGCACGACAGCCACCGCAGCCCUAUCCCGCCGUACUGGGAGAACGUCGACUAUCUAUACGCGUGUGGGACCGUUCUCCAUGCUGCGCGUCUGUGCCCAUUUGCCCGUCGCCGUGGACAGGAUGAAAUGCCCUUGGUCGGCGUUUUCGAGUUGCUGAAACGGUACCAGGAUAUGGGAACGAAUGGGAGCAUGAGAGACGUCGCGCGUCAGUAUCGCAGCACGCUCCGAAGCCUGACCGAGACGGUUCUCAAGCCCCUUAGUAAUGGAACAGCGCCUGUGUCAGCUCAUGCUGCAGCACCUGUCAUUUUGGACGAGGACAGUCCGCCGGCUAGAGUCCCGGACGGAACGGCCACGGACUUGCCUGUACACCCCCGGCCGAUCAAAAGACGUCGUUUGGGAAGUAGCAUUGGGCAACAAGGGUCUCUUGGAUGGAUUGAGAGGCUACCUAAUGAUUUGAUUGGCGCGACGGAGUAA